AUGUCUUGGCAAGCAUAUACAGAUAACUUAAUUGCAACAGGUAAACUUGAUAAAUCUGCCUUAUACUCGAAGGCUGGCGAUUCCUUGUGGGCUCAAAGUGGCAACUUUCAAUUGGAUCCUAAAGAGAUCAGUGAAAUUGCUAAAGGGUACGAUGACCCUUCUAGUUUACAAGCACAUGGAUUGCAUGUUCAGGGCCAGAAAUAUUUUUUAUUAAGAGCUGACGAAAGGUCUCUCUACGGUAAACAUGAUGCAGAAGGGGUGAUUGCAGUUCGAACUAAACAAGCAAUUCUCAUAGCACAUUACCCAGCAAAUGUUGUGCCCGGAGAAGCUACGACUAUCGUUGAAAAAUUGGCUGACUAUCUCAUUAGUGUCAACUAUUAG